CAGAUUAAUAGAACUACGUUUUACUCCCGUACAUGUGGGAGUGGCUACAUGACGACAGCUAUAUAGUGCUUCCAAACAAAGACAUUCAUUUGCUGUAUUCACCAUGGAGGAACAAAGAGAUCUACCAAAGAGGCCGUGGGACAUCUGUCAACAGGUCCCAAUCAUUGAAGAUGAACAGACACCAUGGAAAAUGAUCAAACUGCUGAAGAUCAUCUCUUUGUUUGCUGUAGCUGUUAUUGUGUUUGGAUCAGCAUUAUGUAGCAAGACGUCUUUUCUCCUCCUAAUCACGUUGUCCAAUGAAGGCACAAAGACUCUCCCUCCUGAACAGAAACCUGUUGCACUGCUGUGUAUCGGCUGCUCUCUCAUCGCCUCCAGUGUAUUUCUAUUCCUCAAAAGCAUCUGGAAAUAUGAUGAAACAUCAAAACUGCCCAGAAAAACAACUGCAGCCCUAGUUCUGUUUUUUGAGUUUCUGGUUUCUGCAGGUGCAUCAAUUCUCACCAUCGUGGCGAUGCCACACUUGGACAUUGUGACCAAUGUGACAAUAUUCAACGGAGUAGCUGUCAUCUCUGCAAUCCUACAACUGGUCGCUCAGUGUUCUGCCAAACAAAGGAACCGCUUCCUGAUGCCUUGCAUCUUUGGUUUCAUUUUUAUUUUGAUUGGUUAUGUCCUGUUUCUUCUGUUAUAUAUUACAAAGAAUCCUUCUGAUAUCAAGAUGGCCAUCUGGGUGGGGCUAGCUGUUGGAGGGUCCAUUUUGGUGUCUUUCAACUCGUGGGAAAGCUACUUGAAAAAAACAAUUUCAGACAACAGCAGCUUCACCUUCCUCAAGAACCUUUGCAGUGACAUAGAAGAGUGCCAGAACAUACUGCACAUUCUCUCCAGCCUCCUCAGGAUCGUUGUGACUGCCUGUGUAAUUGGGGCCUAUGUCCGUUUAGCUAAAAUGGACUGGAGCAUUCUGACCUCCAUCCCAAGCCGUGAGACAAAGAUUAUAGCCAUCAUCAUUGGGGUCCAGCUGUUCUCCUCAACACUCUGCCACUGGUUUGCCUUGGCAGCCUGCAAGAUGCAUGCUUUGCGGCGAUGCUUCAUCCUUCCUCUAUACCUGGCCUCUCUGGCUGUUUUGGCUCUGCUGGUCAUUCCAGUUACUGUUUACUAUCAGGACUACAGAACAAGCCUGAAUGGAACAGCAAACAUCAACUUCACAGACUACUGUAAGGUGGCUGUUGAUGGAAGGAAUCAAAGCCUGAAUGACACUGUGUUUCUACAUCUGGUGCUGGAUGUUACACACACUCUGUGCUUCCUUGACAUGUCCAAAAUAGCUGACAUUUGCAUACUCACAGGUUCAGCAGUGUUCUGGUGGAUUGGCUUUGUGUUGGUAACCCUGUAUCUCUGGAAGCUCAAUGUGCACCGCAUAGAGAGGACUCAAGACCUGCUCAUCAGGAGGUUGUAUGAGGGAGCCUUUAUCGAGCAGUCCCUUCUCCUCAACACACGAUUUGACAUCCAGACCAAAGAAAGGAUACAAAAGGAUGUUGAACAAGUGAAGGUGUAUCUGUGUGCGACCAUGUGGCACGAGACCUACGAGGAGAUGAUGAGCAUUAUCAUAUCAAUAUUCAGACUGGACGAGUACAGACCAAAAGAAGACCCAAAGAGCAAUGAUUUCACCUUUAAAGCUCAUAUCUACUUUGAUGAUGCAUUUGAAGCUGUUGGGGGGAGUCGCCAUCUGAAUAAAUAUGCCAAGAACCUUGUAAAAGUUAUUAAAGAGGUUUUUGGCAUCUUCAAGAACAUUGAUCAAAAGUUCUUCAAAAAGCAGCAACAAGUCCCUGAUCAGAAAAUCAUACAGACGCCAUAUGGGGGUCGUCUUAUUGUCAACAUGCCUCAAGGGAACAAAAUUGUGGUUCACUUCAAGGAUAAAGAACUUAUCCGUCACAAAAAGAGAUGGUCUCAGAUCAUGUAUCUUUACUAUCUCCUGGGCUGGAAACUCACGAGAAAAUUUUACACUCGUUGGCAGAAGGGAGAGGAUGAGCAGAAGCUAAAAGAACAAGCUCAGAAAAAGAAGCACAACACCUACAUCCUGGCUUUGGAUGGGGACACUGACUUCCAGCCUGCUUCUGUGAUGUUGCUCAUCGACCGUCUGAGAAUAUACCCUCAUGUUGGGGCAGCAUGUGGCCGGAUUCAUCCCACUGGAUCAGGUCCUGUUGUUUGGUUCCAGAAGUUUGAGUAUGCUGUUAGUCACUGGCUGCAGAAGACAGCGGAGCACGUGAUUGGCUGCGUGCUGUGCAGCCCCGGCUGCUUCAGUCUAUUCAGAGCAGAGGCCCUAAUGGAUGACAAUGUGAUGAAGACAUAUUCUACCGAGUCCAAAGAGGCCAGUCACUACAUCCAGUAUGACCAAGGUGAAGACCGGUGGUUAUGUACUCUGCUACUAAAGCAGGGAUGGAAAGUGGAGUACAAUGCAGCAUCUGAUGCCUACACCAAUGCACCGAUGGACUUCAAGGGACUCUACAUCCAGCGCCGGCGAUGGGGGCCUUCAACAAUGGCCAAUGUGGUGGACCUGCUGGGUUCCACCAAAAUUAUUACCAAGAGGAAUCAAUCCAUUUCCAAAGCAUUCAUGUUUUACCAGCUGUUUGGUAUGAUUUCAUCCAUCAUGGGACCUUCCACCAUCUGUCUUUUGGUUUCAGGUAGUUUAACCUUCGUUUUGAACAUCAAUUCUACUGCUGCUCUUGUCAUAUCUGUGAUACCUCCUGCCAUCUACCUGGGUCUUUGUUUCAAGCUCAAGUCAGACACUCAAAUUACCAUUGCAGCAAUCUUGAGUGUCUGUUAUGCAUUCCUUAUGUUGACAGUGGCAAUAUCUAUUAUUGGAUCAAUGUUGAAAGAGAAAACUAUCCUGACACCCAGCAGCAUUUUCAUCAUCUUCAUGGCCAUCAUUUACCUAAUCACUGCAGCAAUGCAUCCUCAGGAAUUUAAUCUGGUGUUCUAUGGCUUUCUCUACAUCAUCUGCGUCCCCAGCGCCUACCUUCUGCUCACCAUCUACUCCAUGGUUAACAUGAACGAUGUGUCUUGGGGCACCAGGGAGACAAAACCUGCUGCUGGUGCAGCCCCACCUCCAGCUCUCACGCCACAAACGAGAGCACAGAAAGCCAAAAGUAUCUGCCAAUGGUUCAUCUCAUGGGUCAAAUGCUGCAAAAUAUCCAGCCAGAGAUUUCAAGGUGAACAACUCAGUAGGAGUCAGGACAACACAGGCCAAGAACCCGAGCAGCUUGAACCUGAAGCCCAAAACACUAUUGUGGAGGAUAUAACCAUUACAGAAGAAGAGCAGGGGCAAUUAGACAGCAACAUUCAAAGCUGGAUUAAGAAGCUAAAGAAUUUGUACAGUGACAUGAAAUUGCAAGAGGACUCACUCGACCAGGAGGAAAAGGAAUUCUGGGAAGAGCUUAUAAAGGAGUAUCUUGAACCUCUACCUGAUGACAAAGAAAAACAGAAAAAGAUGGACAAUGAGCUCCGAGAGCUGAGAAAUAAAAGAAAACACGUGUAG